GGGUAAGAUUGGAUGUAUGGAUUAAUAAUCCAGUAGGCUCCGUGAAUCUGUCACUGGGAGAACAACUUUGGGCAAGGUAAGAUCAUCUGACACCCGCAGGAGACCAAUGACACGAGGACCAAUGACACAGGGGCUACGACAAAUGAGGAUAAGUGUCACUCUCGGGAACUUUCAUUAGAAGAAACAACACAAUUACGAACUCUUAAGAUAAAAUUAGGAGAAUUAACUAAUCUGGUGAUUAAUUUCACGAAAUGGGCUUGAAUUACGUGUGAACAGCGGCGACAGACCUUCGGUAAAUUAUCUACGUUUCAAUAGUUGUGACCAGAUUCUAAAAUGGUCGGCUUAGAUUAUGUUUCGGUUUAUUCGUGGAGAAGUACAAUAAGCUUAUUGUAAUGAAAUGACCACUGUAAAAUCAGAUAUUAAGCUGUUAAACUCUCGGCCUAUGGCAACCCACCGUAAACCAGUCGAGCUUAAGAUUAUCCUCUCGACGAUAUAACACAACAAUACCAAAAUUGACUUUGAAUACACUUUUGGCACAGUCCGGCCUUUAAAAUUCACACCGAUACCACAUAUGAAAACUACGCUGAAAUCUGUAUCAUGGACAGCACGGAGAGAAAGUGAGAGUGAGAGAGACUAAGGGAAGGAAGGACGGAUAAUACGAUGGGUGAUAAGGCGAUAAACGGAGAUGUUGAAGAGAUGGAGGAGGUUGUGAUUGACCCCGAAAAGGUCAACAGAGUAAAGAGCGUAUUCCGAGGAAGCCUCAAGGAAGUACCUCCACUCAGCUCAAAAAUUGUCCGUAUUUUUACCAGCAGUACUUUUACAGAUACAACAGUAGAACGCAAUGCGUUGAUGGCAAACAUCUAUCCAAAAUUGAAAGAAUAUUGCAGAGAAAAACAUGGAUUGGAAUUCCAGGUAGUGGACAUGAGGUGGGGAGUCAGAGACGAGGCUACCGAGGAUCAUAUGACAACUGAGUUAUGCAUGCAGGAAAUCCUCAAUUGUCAGCGUCUCUCUAUGGGACCAAACUUUGUGGUUUUCCUAGGUCAGAAGUAUGGUUAUCGGCCUAUCCCCACAAUCAUCCCUGCUAAGGAAUUCGAGAUGCUUCGCGAAGUAAUCAAGGGAGUAGCUAGUGAGCUGGAGUUACUAGACGAGUGGUACAAGAAGGACGACAACGCUGUACCUGCUAUAUAUGUUCUACAGCCCAUUAGCACCAACUUACCAUAUUUUAAUAUGAAGCGUAAUCCCAAACUUCAAGAGAGGGACCAAGCCUUAUGGUGGGAGACAUUUGGCAAGCUCACCAAGAUGUUGAGAAAAGCUGCAAACGUGCUUUUUAUUGCUAGGAAGUUGACUCGGGAGCAAAUGCACAGCUACUUUAUGUCAGUGACAGAACGAGAAAUCCAUAAAGGAAUUUUGAACGCUCAAGAUACACAUGAACAUUGCUUGGCCUACUUCCGUUACAUCAACAACAUGAACACAACUCUCCUUAAAUUCGCCACAAAAUUUGUUGACAUUGCUGCAAGAUCAGUUGACAACGAAGCUCAAAAACUAUUAACAACUCUCAGAGAGACAAAAAUUCCUGCAAAAAUUACUAGCGACAAUAUUGUUAGAUACACUGUAGACUGGAGUGGUAAGGAAGGUAUUGAUGCCGACUCACACGCUGAUUAUAUUAAUGAAUUCUGUAAUAGUUUCCACGACCGAAUUAUUGACUUGGUCGACAGAGCCGUUAAUAAACACGCUCAGUUGACGAACGACAGGGUGUAUGGCGAGAGUCUCCAGCAUCUGCAUAUGUGCAUGAGAUACGCAAAGAUAUUUCAAGGCAGGGAGGAAAUCAUAGCACUUAUAAGGGAAUAUUUUGAAGGCCCUUCUCAGCUCCCCCUUAUUCUGAACGGUGAAAGUGGCUGCGGGAAAACAUCAUUACUUGCAAAAGCGGCGAGCAUGAUUACUGAAUGGUAUCCUAAAGACUGUGAGCCAGUAAUGCCAUUAAGGUUUCUUGGUACAAGCCCCGACAGCUCAACGAUCAUUCCCCUACUGACCAGCCUGUGUCAUCAAAUCGCUGCCAACUAUGAUCUACCUAGGGACGAAAUUCCCGUUGAAUUGUCACAUCUUAAUCUCUACAUGAAGAAGGUAAUCCAAAAUGCUACAGCUGAGAAGCCACUCGCAAUCUUCCUGGACUCUAUGGACCAGUUGUCAGGAGCGGACGGAGCUCAUCAACUAGCAUGGUUGCCUAUCCAAUUGCCACCACAUGUAAAAAUCGUCAUAUCAACCCUCCCUAAUUAUUACGGUCUCUUGGAUAGAAUGUCCGUGAUGAUCGAUGAGCCAAACAAUCCGAAAAACUUCAUCAAACUUUUCCCAUUAGGUGAAAAACUAGGAGUACAAAUAUUGAAACUAUGGCUUGAGAGUUCCAAUAAAAGUAUUACCCAACCACAAUGGGAAAUAGUUAUGGACGCUAUAACAAAAUGCAACCUUCCUCUCUUUGUGAAACUUGUCUAUGAUUUCAUCGUAAAAUGGCGAUCAUACAGCAAGCCUUCUACCACAAUUCUAGCGUACACCAUACACGACAUGAUAAUGCAGCUCUUUGAUAGAGUUGAAAACAUACACGGGAAGAUCCUCGUGGCGCAAUCAUUGGGCUACGUCACUGCGUCCAAAUCUGGUCUCAGUGAAUCAGAAUUGGAGGACCUCCUUUCCCUGGAUGAAAAGGUUUUAAACGAUGUAUACCAGUACCAUCUUCCACCAGUACGUCGCAUACCUCCUCUUUUAUGGACGAGAAUUCGAGCAGAUCUUCCUGGCUACUUUAGCGAGAGGGACGCUGAUAAUGUGAACGUCAUCAAUUGGUACCAUCGGCAGUUUAUAGAGGCCGCCAAAGAACGAUACUUUAGGAAUCUGAACUACGUGGCAGAAAUCCAUUCGAACAUAGCAGAAUUCUUCAAGGGGACUUGGGCGGGUAUUCCCAAACCGUUUGAAUAUUCUGAGCUGCAGAGGAAAAGGUUCUGUUUAGAUGAUAAACACGGGGAAUCUGAUAGAAAGAUGCCUCCCCAGCCCCUGGCAUUUACCAAUGAUGAAGGAGAGAUUGUUCGCUACAACCUGAGGAAACUCAGUGAAUACCCAUUCCACCUUGUUAGAUCUAAGAGGUAUGAUGAGCUUUAUAGUGACGUGCUGUUCAAUUACAAGUGGCUUCAAGCAAAGUUGAGUUGUAUGCCUCUCCAAGCAGUGCUUGCUGACUUCGAGGAUAUGCUUCAAGAGCAGUACGACAAGGAAAUAGAUCUUUUGGCGGACGCACUUCGACUUUCAAGUUCUGUGAUCAGCCAUCACCCAAGUAACCUAGCAACACAGAUAACAGGCCGCUUUCUACCUUAUUACUCCGCCAGCCAUAAGAUACGUAAUCUUAUGCAACAAUGUGAUAGUGAUGGGCUGGCUCAUUGUGCACUUGUUCCUACGUACCAUUAUUUACACACUCCUGGAGGUCCUCUACAGUACUCCCUUGAGGGCCAUCCCUUUGCUCCAUUUGGUAUCAAGAUCACAUCUGACGCCAAAUACAUCGUAUCCGUGUCAAACAAGUUCAUCAUCUGGGAUUUGUUUACAUCUGAGGUGUUCCGAAUGAUUACACCUGGUAUAGGAGGUAUCAUGCAAAAUUUACUACUGAGUCCAGACGACAAGUAUGCAGUGAGCUACACAAACAAUAAUCAGCUUGUGUUCUGUCAUGUAAUGACAGGUGAUUUCAAAAUUGUCUCGGAUGUCUUAUCCGGCGAUGAUAACAUUAUUGGUGCUACGUACACGGACAAGGAAGUUGUGAUGUGGACGCCAAAAGAGUGGAUAGCAUAUACAUUUGAAGGAGACUUCGUGUCAAGGAAUAAAAUAUCAGGUAGUUGGCCAAUCAUACAAUUCAACACAGGGCCUGACAAAGGCUCCCAUCAUGUAGUGAGGAAGACCGGGUCUGAUUCGGACAGUGAUCUCACUGUGGAAAUACAAAAUGAAAGCACGGAACCGUUUCACUUCCAUAGUGCAAUAGCUUUAACUAAAGACAUGAGAACAAUGUACUGUUGCAUUGAAAUCAGUGAUGACAACAUUGCUGUGUAUAAGAAAGAUGAGAACGAUUGGAGAUAUGACCGCACACUUGGUGAUAACAUGGAGAAGGUGUUUGCAAUGACCUUAUCGCCCGAUCAACGUUAUCUUGUAGCUACAGUUACAUCUGGAUACAAAGUAUGGGACACAAAUAAUGAUAGAGAAGUCGUCAUGAAGCUGCCACAGGGUAUACGCAACAUUCCAGCCAAAAAUCAAAUUACAAGUUUGGUUGUUUUUACCAAAGGCACAGAGUACGUUGUGGCCGGAGUCCGAAAAAACAUAUACGUUUGGGAAAUUAUGAAGGGCACUUUAAUCAAAACAUUAGACGCUCAUUUUGGUCGGAUAAUUGCACUUGAAGCUGUAACCAAUGGUAUGAAUAAGGUGAUAUCAGGAUCAAUCGAUAAGACCAUCAAGGUUUGGAACUUUGAUAACAUUAUGGAAGACGUGCAUGCAAUCGAUAGAUUAGAGAAACCAAUCGAAUCUAUUUGUCUCGCAAAUAAUGCAUAUCUCGCUGCAACAGUAACAAGGAACACUGUUGGUAUAUGGAAUAUGGAGAGUGGGCGGCUGGAGAAGAUGUUGGCAAAUAGCGCGCAUAGUAGCAUCGUUACCCAUGCAGCUAUUACCGAUGAUGGUGCGCACCUUGUCAGUGCAGAGUCUGGCAAUAUCCUUAUCUGGGACGUUAAGAAAGAAAAAGUCCUGAAGCUUGAUCCCCAAAGGGAUGUUCUCCAACUGGAAUUGAGUGACAAUGAUACGAAGGUGAUAGCAAUAUCUCGCACGUCCGGGACAGGGAAUGCAAGGUGCAUAUGUAGAAGUAUUCCCAGUGGCGAACAUCAAUACAACUUCGAGUUCGAGUUCAAGAAGUUUAGAAAUGGUGUUAUUACAUGUGAUGGGGUUUUUCUCGUGUUGAGCAUCGUUGAUAAGAAAGAUGGCAAUGCACUUGGACUCUUUCAUGCCAAGACAGGCACACAUAUGAACAAUCUCCCCGUAAAGAACACAGAAUUCAACUUUAUGGUUGCAAUGCCACACGAUCCAAAUCAGAUUGCAAUAAUUGACAAUGAAAAGGGAUGUAUAUAUGAUCUCAAAAAGAAAUCAAUCACUCGGCAAAUUCAACGAUGGAAUGGUCAGUGUACUGCUAACGGUAAAUAUGGCUUAUACGCUCCAACUCGAGGUGGCCUUGAAUUGUUAGAGCUCCGGCAUGGCAAAACAGUCAAGGUGAUGAUUCCGAAGGUUGCUGAAGGAGUUCACGAGGUCAAGGUUAUGUUUACGAGAAAUGACCGCCAUGUCUUGUACUAUCAUACCGGCCAUCGCACUCUCCGACUGUUCAGGGUAUCUGACGGCGAAAUGAUAGCCAACUUCAAAUGCCACGCAGAGUUGAAUGGAUUAGCAGGUACAAAGAGCGGAACGUCUGUAGUAUUCGGUGCUGUAGACGGGAGUCUCACAAUGCUGACUAUAGCUGACCCAAUGGACGAGUCAGCUAUUGAGUUUGUACAGAGUCUUCCCAGUCGGCAGGUUCCCACGACGGAAGUGUCAAAGAAAGAUCCUGAUGAAGAAGGUCAAGUGGAGAAGAAGACAAAUGGAAAUGUUUCAAUGGGUGCAACUUUGAGGGUUGCUGCUUUUGUAGGAAAGGCUAAAAAUCAACAAAGAUCUCGAGCUUGUUUGUUGCAAUAAACAGAAACAUAAAAAAUGAUAAAUGUAAAUAUAGAACAUUUUGCAGUAAUUUAUUAAUUAUAUAUAUAUAUUAUAUAUGUUACCUAAUAUAAUCGAGCGUCCGUCCAGCGAUUACAGCGAUAAUAGUACAUUGGAUUAAGGUUGACUGUUUUCUUACUUGAAUGAAAGACUAUUAGAGUAUGUAAUGACUAUUUUAAGUGUAUGCCAAAUUUUGUGUUGUAGUUGAUUUCAAUGGCUUUUGCUAAAUUUUGGAAUGUACAGGGUGGGCCAUACAAACAUCCAUAUUCUUUUGAUAUUUCUAUUUUGAUUAUGCAUGGAUUUUAAAUAUACUAAGCAGCAAUUAUCAAUUAUAAUGUAAUAAGGGAGAUUACAAUUGAUUCAAUACCAAGAAAACUGACCUGUUAUGCAAAUUCUGGGUGAAAUAUUUAUAAGUCAAAUGCUCU